AUGUUGCAGAGCCUGGUUCCAGGUUUCUCAUUCCUCAUUUGUUUUACAGAUUCGAUGUCUAGAUUUGGUCAUCAAGACUGGGUCAGGACGCAUGAAGCUGCUUCUUCAACAUAUCUUGUGGUUUCUACUCUCGUUGAAGGUGGAGCUACUUGCGUUGGCAAAACUGUUGUUGAUGAACUUGCCUUUGGGUUUGUCUCUCUCUUUUUGAUUAACUAUAUAUACGAUUGUGGCUCAAGUAUUUUGAUUCCUUUGUUUUGCAUUCUUCAGUAUCAGUGGAGAAAACAAGCAGAGUCUCCCACAACUCCUGCUGCCUAUGAUCGUAUCCCUGGUAGCGCUUGCAGUGGAGCUGUUGUUGCCGUAGCUACUAACGCUGUCGAUUUUGCAUUAGGUGAGAAGAACAUUCUUGUCUUUGACCUUGGUGGUGGUACCUGA